CCGGACGCGUCCGCUCUGUCCAGGAUUCAAAAUGAACCAAACAAGUCAACAAACACUUUCCAGUCAACAUCAACAACUGACCAUCCACUUCUCCUCCUUCUUCUCAAGAUAAGAUGUCUCUCACCCCUCAAGCUCUCAGACUGCUCUCUCGACAGAUCGUCGCUCACAGAAAUAGCCCCCCCGAGGGAGUGAGGCUCGUGGUCGACGAGGAAAACCUCACCAACAUGGAAGGAUGGGUGCAGGGGCCUUGUGAGUAUUGGCUUGGACGAGGACACUCCGGAGAGCCUUGGGGAAUGAAGGUCGCACGAAGUCAGAGUCUGGCAUACCAUUUGCGGGUAGCCAGUGAACUAGCUCGAGCCUUGGGUUGUAGUUCAGUCGUAGCUCACGAAGAUACCCAUAGCUGGCACUCCCUAUGAGGGCGGAUACUACAAGAUUCGGUUCACUUUUGGUCCUGAAUUCCCCAAUCUCCCGCCAAAGUGUACUAUGAUCACCAAGAUCUUCCAUCCCAACAUUAGCAAGGCUGGCGAAAUCUGUGUGGACACACUGAAAAAAGGCUGGAAGAAAGAGUAUGGAGUAGAACAUGUCCUCGUGACCAUCAAAUGUUUGUUGAUCUACCCGAACCCUGAAAGCGCAUUGGACGAGGAAGCCGGUAAACAACUGCUUGAAGACUAUGAGGGAUACUCCAAGUAUGCCCGGCUUAUGACGAGUAUCCACGCCAUGCCGAAAUUUCCGCCCGCAGAGUUCCGUGGCGCCACGUCAAGUAGCGAAAGACCCCUUCCCUCAGACCAAUCUGUGCCCACCACCACCGUCCGACCUACCAUUACCGCUCCUUCACCCCCCUCUUCUUCCGCCUCCAAGCCUUCCCCCCUCGGUACCAGCGUUUCGCAAGGUCAGAGCCCGAAUUCAAACGGCGAGCCGAAAUCGGGUGACGAGGUCAAGAAGGUGGUGAAACCUGCGGUCAAGACUGCUGGGAACACUGUCGGGGGCGUGAAGACUGCUGCAGCGAGCAAGGUAAAGAGGGGCGCUAAAAGACUGUAGAUCUUUGACAUUCGUGGAGGAAGGCCAGGAUAGCGGGCUGGGUGCAUUGUCUAAAGUACCUGCGAUAUGUUAUUAGUAGGCAGUACUGGACUGCAGAUGACGAUUAAGGCGACUGUGAUGCGAGGGAUAUCUUGUUCGAGAAUCA